AUGGCAGAGGCUGUGGUCAGUCUUCCCCUCACUAACUUGGAAUGGUUUCAAAUCGCGAGCAGCAGCAGCAGCGCUUAACCUCGGCGAGCCAUUCAUCUGCGCACUCACCGGAUCGAUGGUACUAUAAACCGUGACGCUGUCCUGGCACCUACACAGGCUUGAAGACAUGAUCACUAGCACCAGUAUUUAUGGUCUAAAGAUGCAGUGGACCCCAGAGCACACACAAUGGGCUGAGCAACACUUUGACAUCUCAUCCACUACCCGCUCUCCAGCACACAAAGUAGAGGCCUACCGGGGGCACUUACAGCGCACAUACCAGUAUGCGUGGGCAAACGAUGACAUCUCUGCACUGACUGCCUCCAAUCUGCUUAAGAAAUAUGCAGAGAAGUACUCUGGGAUCCUAGAGGGCCCAAAUGAGAGAGCCCUGCUGUGUUCCUACUCUGAUAGCACCACUGGACUCAUGAAUGGACGUAAGUCAGAGAAUGAAUCCUGGCAGGAGGGGAUUUACCCAAUGAACUGUGCUCCAGAUGUUAUAUCUGUGAGCAAAGCUGGAAUGACAGCUGCCCUACCCCCUACAGAUGUGUCGGCUAGCAUAGGCAGCUCCCCAGGGGUGGCUAGCAGCUUGUCUGAGCCCAGCUAUUCCAGCAGUAACUGUGGGAGCCACACAGCCACUACUCUCCACUCGGGCCUCCCCUCUCAGGAAUAUACUGCCAGCUACAACGGCUCCUACCUGCAUUCUAGCUACAGUGGCCAGAGCACCCCUGCCCUCCCCUCCCCUCACCCCUCUCCUUUGCACAGCGCUGGGCUCUUACAACCACCGCCCCCACCUCCUCCCCCUACCUUAGUGCCGAGCUACAACGCCGGGUCUCCAAACCUUCCCAACUUCAAUUAUCCUCCAACAGGGUACCCUGCUCAGACUGCUGUUGGCCCCGGUUAUAGCCCUGGGGGAGCACCCCCUCCUUCAGCUUAUCUGCCGUCCGGUAUUGCAGCUCCCACACCGAUCCCUCCUUCCACACUGCCUGGCUACACCUACCAGUCCCAUAAUCACACACCGAUUGCACCAACACCUUUGAAUGGCAGCACAUCCAACUCAUUAAAACGAAAAGCUUUCUACAUGAGUGGACAUGGAGAUAUGGACUCUAGCUAUGGUAAUUUCACCUACAACCAACAGCGCUCCUCACAGAGCCCAAUGUACAGAAUAACGGACAGUGUCUCAGACUCAAACAGAGGCAACGGCUUCGACAGAAACGCCGAGGCAUCGUCUUUAGCGUUUAAGCCAACCAAACAGCCAAUGUCUUCUGAUCAACAAAGAAAAUUUAUUAUACACUCUGGCAGAGCACUAACCCCUCCAUCCUACGGAUCAACCAAAAGCUCUGUGGGUGAUCUCAGACCUGGCGAGCCCUACGGCAAGUUUGGAUCCCCCAUCAUGAGCGAGCAAACUGAAGAGCACAGACAGCACCUCUCUCACUCCCUAACAGGGCCUGACAUUGGUACGGCUACCUCGUCCAUCCAUGCUGCAGAGGAACAACUGAAGAACAGUGACUCCAACCUGGUGGAGCUGGUGACCACAGAAAUCCUUCAGCAGGGCCCUCCAGUGGACUGGAGCGACAUCGCGGGUCUGGAUAUGGCCAAAGCAGCCAUCAAAGAGGAGAUACUAUGGCCCAUUUUAAGGCCAGAUAUGUUUAGCGGACUUGCCACAUUACCUCGGAGCCUCCUUUUAUUUGGACCUCAGGGAACUGGUAGAACAAUGCUGGCCCACUCCAUGGCCAGCCAACUGGGGGCCGCUUUCUUGCGACUCAGCAGCUCAGCUUUGGUGACCAAGUGGCUCAGCGAAGGGGACAAGAUCAUCCAGGCUUCUUUCCUGGUGGCUCGGUGUCGCCAGCCAGCGGUGGUGUUCAUUAGAGAGGUGGACCUGCUGCUGUCAGCCCAGCUCAGCGAGGAGAGCCCAGUGAAUCGCCUCAAGGCUGAGCUCCUCAUGCAGCUUGACAGUAUCCUGACCUCCACUGAGGACCACGUCCUCGUGGUCUGCUCCACCAAUAAGCCUGAAGAGAUCCCAGAGUCCCUACGGAGGUACUUUGCCAAGCGACUGCUCAUCCCCUUGCCUGAUGGGACAGCACGACACCAGAUAAUCAGCCAACUGCUCUCACAGCACAACUACUGUCUCAGUGACAAAGAGAUGUCGAUACUGGUUCAGAGGACAGAGGGCUUUUCUGGACUGGACGUGGCUCAGCUGUGCCAAGAGGCCGUAGUCGGUCCUCUCCAUGGCAUUCCUGGUACUGACCUGUCGAGCAUCCACCCCACUCAGAUGAGACCGGUCUCUUACCAAGACUUUGACAAUGUGUUUUGCAAAUUCCAGCCCAGCAUAUCACAAAAAGAACUUGACAUGUACACUGAGUGGAAUAAAACGUUUGGUUGUAGUCAAUGAGAGACACUCAUCCAACAUAAUUACUUUAAACCUGGUCGUUGAAUACAAAUAAGUGUUUGGCCUUCAGCAACAUGAAAAAUAACAAACAGUGGUGACAUGAACAACCUAUAUACAGCGAAGGGAUUGUCCUUGAAGGCUUUAGACAGAACAUGGCAGUCUGGACAUCAUUUGUAAAAGUGAAUCAAAUGCUUUAUGUGGCUGACGCCAUGUGCUCACUAAAAAUCAACUGACUUGGAAGAAGAUGCUCCCGUUUUUGUAUAUACAUAUAUAUAUAUAAAUAUAUAUACAUACUAUUCUGCUGAUCUUGAGAUUUAGUUGCUAUCAAGUGCCUGAGGUGGUGCUGUUUAAUUUUCUUUUUUCUUUUUGCCUCACAAUCUUCAUUGGUGACAUGUGCUAAUAUAAAAAAAAAGCUUUAAAAUGAGACAAAAAACUUGCUUUCUCUUUUCCAUUAGUGUUCUACAGCUGUGUCUGUUUCGUGCUCUCUGUGAACAGUUGUGGUUAAUUUGAGCUAAAUUAAAUUUAUUGGCAUCGUUUCAGUUGGCCUUCAUUACCUUACACAGGUUUUAUGUAUGUGUAAAUCCUUUAAUUACAAUAACAAUGUUUGUUUUUUUGUCGGAGCAAUGCGAUUUGUUUUCUAGCAAACUUAGGGUGAAUUUGGUUGCUGAACUAGCCUCUCCACUAAUUACAGAAAAAAAACAAAUAUUUUACAAUGUGACUUCAAUCUAAACAAUAAAUUACUAUGUAAUUGCUGUUAAAAUAUUGUUUCAGUAGUAAUUCACAGUGUUUCACAUAAAUGUAAAAUCCUACCAUUAUUUCUUUUGAUGUUCUCUAUUUGAAAACUCAGGAAAGUGAUGAUGAUAUGUACAGUACCUCAUAAGCUUGUGUCGAAGCACUACACACUACAAGAGCAUUCGGCUUGCAUUUGAAAUCCUAUCAUCAAACCAUGUAAGGCUAUACCUCAAAAAGCUCAAAAUGAAACGAGAAGGUUCCUACAAUGAAUGUAUAAGAGUAAUUCUGAUUUAUUUACAAGACAAAAAUAGUCAUUUCUUUUUUUUUUUCUUUUUUUCUUUUUUUACUUUAGCUUGUGGUGAUGCAGAGCUGAGAGAAAUCCGAAAGGUGCAGACAAACAUCUUGGGGUUUAGGAAGACAGCUGCCCCGAGCUAUUUCAUUCCAUCCUGCUGCUGUUUUAUCAUUAAUGAAACCUAAGGAUUAUGUAUAGCCUAAGUUCCUUUCUACCUCAGUUUGUUAGUUAUCUCUGAAAGACAAAUACAUGAAGACAGCAAAAUGUCAGCACCUAUUCUGCUUGUUUGAUGAGGAAACCUUUUGAGAGAACACCAAACGGUAUUUUGUUGUGUGCAAAAUCUAUUAGCUUUACAUUUUGAUAACUCCCAAGAACCUUGUUUCUCACCACAUAAUGCACUUAAAGGGGAAUACCACUGAAUAUCAGGUUUGGGAUACACUAUGCCUUUGCCUUAGGACAAAUUGGUCUGUAUUGGUCUGUUGCCAUCGCUUUGUUUGGCCCCUGAAUCUGUGAUGUCAAAAAGAAAAUCUCAACGUGACAGCACACACUGGAGAAUCACAGUGAUUCUCCAGCUAGAAACCAAUUUUAUUAUUUUAAUAUAACGUUUACAUAAUAAUUGGUUUGUCUGUCUUAGGCCAUAACUGUAACAUCCAUGAAUUGAGUGGCAUUCCCUUUUUAAGAACAUGUCUUGAAGGCUAGUCUCACUGUACACAAAACUGUUAUUUUGACUCUGUGUUGUAAUUUUCACAUUUAAACUGUUGUGUUUAAAGUGCUGUUAAUCACUACUUGCUGCCAUGAACCAGAACAUUUCAAUGCAAUGUUUUUUUUGGCAGAACUGACAACUGAAUUGGCAAGUAAAAAAUGUUAUUGAAUGUAUUAUGUCCUCUGAGCAGUAAGGAAAGCAAAGCACUCGCACAUUGAAAAAUGCCACUGAAGUAGACAGCACUGUAGGUGUAGGUGUAGAAUACUGCAGAGGUACUGAAGGACCUUGUGUUUGUUUUUCAUAGAGGUCCCUACAUAUUUGUUGCACAUGUUUUACCUGUUCUUUUUUAUCAGACUGUGCAUAUUUGAUUGCUGCCACCUGAUUUGGUAUCAUUAACUCUUCCAGGCCUGUAUCAGGAUCCAUACAGAGCAUCCAGAAACUACGUAGCAGCAGAGAAAGCUAGCAAGCUUGUCAACAAUAAUAUCUUGUUGUAGUUUCACAGUAUUUGUGUAAUAUAUUUAUAGAUCCAGUCAUUAUAACAAUUGGUAAAUCCCACAUAAUUUGAUCAACCUGGAAGCAGGAUCAAAACAUUUAACAUAUAAUACAAGUUUUUUAUCUUCAUGUAACCUUAUAGACAGCAUUUCAGAAUACAAAUUACCAUAUAUAGUUGUUCAUAUGUAUAGUUUUCUCAGAUUAGACAUGGUGGAUUAGCCCCAAGGUACACAGAACAAUCUUUACAACAUAACUUUAAGGAUGGAUUCAUUGUUUUCAGUCGUGCUGUACAAAAGUAUUUGGUUUUUUUAAGACUUAAUGGUGUGUUCACACCAAACCCGUUGCUCAAUUUUGACGCAGUUACACAAGACUUAUUUAUAAGAUGCAAACUGGUGGAGCAGGAGUCACAUCAUUUGCAUCACCCGACAAAAUUAAGCAAGAAGCUUGCAUGGUGCUGUGUCAUUAAAACCUAAAAAAAUCAGCACAAAUACUCUCCUGCAUGGUACGGCCCAGAUCGAUCCAAAUUCCAUUAAAAAAACAAGCAUUUUAAAAGUUGUUUGCUUGUCGUAUUGCGGACAGACCUGACAAAGCAGGAAAUCAGACUCUUAAUGUAUCAGCAUCGUGAUGCAGGUUUUACAGCAACCUUUUAAUCUGUUGCAUUGCAAUUAUAGAACAGCAAAAUCUGUUUAUUUUUUUCAUAUCAGUGCCAGUCAUCCAGAUGAAGAUUCUGGAGUUAUCCAUAAUGUUAAUGAACUUACACAGGACAGCAUUUGUUUUUUUUUUUAUGGUUCCACAACAGGUACAAAGAGUGGUUAUUUCUGCCAUUGUUGACUAAAAGAAAUGACAGAAAGAAACUUUUGUAUCUACCCUGGUGCGUCUUUAAGUGAGCAAAACAAGGUGAAAAUGUGCUUUUUGUUUGGUGUGAACACAGCGUUUCUGGUAAAGGCGUCCAGCAAAGUUUCAAAAAUUAAAAACGCGUAAUUACCCAGGAAAUUAGCUCAACAUUAAUGGAAAAUUCAUUUUUAAAAACCCUUGGAUAUUGUGCCAAUUGUUCCUGCACUUUGAGGUGUUUAUUGGUUGAAAUCUCCCUUGAAGCCAAAGUGAAACAGCUUUCUUUUGAAUAUGAUGAUUUGCUUGAAAAAGUUGUGCAUGUCAGUGACCUUAAUGCCACAGUGCAAGCUGUGGAUAAUUGAAACUGGCGAGUUUAUAGCACUCUCACUGGGCACUGUUAAGUUAUUGUAUCACACAAUGUCAAAUAUCUUAAAGUCUUAUGAAACAUUUGUGGCUUUUCACUUUUAUCCUGUCUGGGUUUAUGAACAGUCACUCAGUACAAAAGGAAACUGGCUAAUUUUUACACCUCUAAAAAAAAAAAAA